GUCCAGAGUCAAGAGAAGACCUUGAGACGGAGCUCUCAGCUGGGAAGCGGGUCCGUGUGAGGCGGCUGAAGGAGACGUCGCCGGCUCCGCCCCCUUCGGAGAGAAGUGAAGCCGAUGCAGCGCAUACAAAUCAGAAAAAAAAAGUUGCAGAGGCCAAAAAAAACAACCUCCUGGCUAUUCUUCAAGAGAGGAAGAAUCGUAAAAGGAAGUCUCCUAUGUGCCCAACUCCCUUAAAGAAAGUGAGGGAGCGCAUCCUCUCCGACAGCUUUUCCGAAGAGGAUGGUGAUGACAAUGAUGAUGGUGGGGUUGUGCCAGAAACACUUUUAAAGGAGGCCAAACAAACACAACAACUUUACCAAAACAAGUUUAAGGAAAUGUCCCUACAACUGCAGGACACAAGAAAACAGUUAGAGGAUCAGAAGAAAAGAAGAGUAGCAGUUGAGGCUGAAAACAAAACACUUCGUGGUCUCAACAUUGAAUUGCAGCAACAACUGCUGAAGAAGUUGAAGACCACAUCAACCCCAAUUGAAACUGGAUGUGAGAGUGCAGAGGAACCAUCUGUAUCUCCUUAUGGAGACAAGAUUAGUUUGGAAGGAGACAUUAAUAUUAGGAAAGAGACCUGGGUCCGCAUUAACAGGAACAACCGCGACUCCUUAUUUGUGAAGGAAUUGGCAGUGGCAAUCUGGGGUACUAAAACCCUGGGGGAAAAAAGCCUAACUGGGAAGGAGUGCCCCACCACCAAAACCACCCGCCAGCCUUUAACCCCGAAGAAGCUGCAAACAUUGAAAGUCUGCUUUAAGGAGUGGCUCCAGAAAAAAACCCUGGAGGAGACCGAGUUGCAGGCCAGAUGGGCAAAGGCAGGGCGUUACAUUACAGAAAAAAUCAUGGACAUAAACAAAAAAAACAAAAAAAACUUAAUUAAUGAGUGACUGAAAUAUUUUAUGUUGAUGUUUCAAUAGUUAAUUCUAAAUAGAUAUGUAAAUAGUUCAUUUGUUUAUGUAUCUGUUUUAAUAUUGUUACCAUGUUCUUUAUUAUGUGUUUGUCCUAUUUAAUAAAUAGAAAUACUGUUUUGAAAACUU